UUUUGCAGUGACUUGCAGAUCGACAGGCCAGCCUGCUGUCAUUGCAUUCCAAUAGGGUUUGCAUACAGCAGUUUUAUUAGAUAAUGAAUAAAUAAACAAACAAAAAGAAGAAAAACAAAAUGAAAUUGUCCGCGGCGACCUUCUAUGCCUUGCUGGCCGGCUUGUUUGCAAUAGCGAUUCGCGACGUGCUUUUUGGAUACGAGGAGAACGGGUGUAGCAUGACCUACAUGUUCGAGUAUCCCGAAUACCAGAGAAUAAGACUGCCGAAGAGGCUGCAGCGACAGUACCCGAGCUACGGGCUGUACCUCUAUGGAGAAGGGAUCUACGCUGAGGAGAACAAGAAGCUGAAGCUGACUGGGAUCCCCGUCCUCUUUCUGCCUGGGAACGCUGGCAGCUACAAGCAGGCCCGGUCCCUCGGUUCUGUAGCUCUCCGGAAAGCAGAGAACAUGGACAGCCGCUUCCACCUGAAUGUCUUCACCGUGAACUUCAAUGAGGAGCUGGUGGCCUUGUACGGGGGCAGCCUGCAGAGACAGACCAAGUUCAUCCACGAGUGCAUCAGAGCCAUCCUCAAACUGUACAAGGAUCAGGCUGCGCCCCCUAGCAGUGUGGCGGUGGUAGGACACUCCAUGGGCGGGAUCGUGGCGCGGGCCCUCUUCACGCUGCCCAAGUUCAACCACAGACUCAUCAGCCUCAUUAUCACCCAGGCCACACCUCACCAGGGACCCGUGCUGCCCCUGGACAGCGACCUCCUUGAUUUCUACGCGACAGUGAACCAGCACUGGUCUGAGCGUGCUCAGGAGCUGCGUAAUGUGACGGUGCUGUCGGUGGGAGGGGGGUUCCGUGACUAUCAGGUGCGCUCCGGACUCACCGCCCUGCCCUGCCCCUCGGACGACCCCAACAAGCUCUCCCUCGUGAGUACAGCUGUGCCAAGGACUUGGGUCUCCACAGAUCACCUCUCCAUUGUUUGGUGUAAGGAGCUGGUGCUGGCUACUGUCCGAACCUUCUUCGACCUUGUGGAUCCUGAUACCAAGCAGAUAACAGAGGACCCAGAGAAGAGAAUGGCUGUGAUCCGGCAUCAUUUUGUCAGACACCCUGUGAAAAUCUAUGAUGACACGGAGGACAAUGUCAUCACAUUCUCAGUGCCAUUAGAGGUAUGGACUAAGGUCCUGGCUCCCAGGCUGUCUUACACAAGCCCCAAGGAACCCAGAACAAAAUAUUGUAUGUUUCCUCUUUCAAGUCACAGAAAAUCCUACAGCCAUUUCCACUGUCAGAGCAGCAAUCUGGAGAUGAGCAGCUGGCUGUUCGGCUGCACACAGAGUAAUGGGCCGGCAUGCCUGCAAGCGGUAGAUCUGUCUUGGAAGACUGAAUUACUCCCAGCCUUUAAGGUUUUGACUCUGAAACUGGACGAUUAUCCUUCCUUCUCCCACAUUGUUGUCAGUGCCUCAAACACAAACGCCAAACAGUUCAGUAUAGACUGUGAGUUUUUCAAUGAAGACUCUCGGAUCGUCUCCACUCCAGUGACUCACGUCCUGUCUUUCGGUGUGACUGUGAGUGAGGUGGUGCUGCACCCAACAGGCCUCAUCCACAAUAUUCAGCUACAGGACUUUCACCAGAUCUAUCAGGCUUUUACAGUCCGAAUUGAGAGCCACUGCCAGACACCGCAAGAAGGAAAGCACAGCGUUUACAGACUCAGAGUGCCGUGGUUUCGUGAGGAUUCAUUCACAACAGCAAGGUACAGCAGUGGUUCGUCUGUGACUCAAAUCUCUGCCAGGCUGCACUCCCGCCGGCCAGACAACACCUCCACCGCCAGCCUGCAGCUCCACACCAGCCCUGGCUGCCGGUACACGGUUACCAUACGGACAUCUGUUUUUCAAGUGCUCGGACAGAUACUUCGGUUCCACGGCUCCUGCCUGCCUGUCUACAUCGCUGUCAGUAUCCUCCUGGCGUACGAGGGCCAGCUCCACUCCCUGCUCACCACAGGUCACACUGUGGAGCUAGGGAAGGCUCUGAGUGCCUCUGCUAAACCAUACAGAGUGAUGCCGGUCAUCAACAUCCUCCUGUAUCUCCUGAGUGUGGGCUGGCUCCAGGCAGGCUGGUCCGCCCUGUCCCUGCCUCCACUGGACGUGCCCCCCCUGAGUGAGGAGGGGGGCGACUGGUCCCCGCUGGUGUCUCUGCUGCUCUUCAUGUUCGGCUCUGCCAUCGCAUACUGGGGCAGCGCUCUGUUGGGCCUGUCACUGAGCCUGCUGUCCAUCCCACUGUCAGCCAUCCACAGACCGUCCACUUCUCCGAGCAGUGGCAGGCUGGGCUCACGCGGCCAGAUCAGUCUGAUGGUCUUCCUGGUGGUCAUCUGCUGGACAACCUGUGGAGCCCUGGCCCUGAUAAUCACCUACCUCAUCUACCUGUACAAGGUUUUGAGGCUGCAGAUGUCAGAGAGAAUACUGAAACAUGUGCUCAACCUGGCCCCAAGGCAGUCUUCGGGCAGAGCUGCAGGUCCUGGGGUCUGUGUGAAGGAAGGAGGUGGAGAGGCGGUGGAGGCCCUAGGGCCCGAGGGGUCGGCGGUCAGCUGUAACGGCAGUGACCUGGUCUCCGUCUCCGUGUUGGAGGACACCAGCGAGGACCUGUACCUGCACCUGACCCUGCUGACCCUGCUGACCCUGCCUGUGCUGCUGAGCGCACCCUCCUUCAUCUACUGGACGAAGAACCUCAGGUACAGCCUGCACCUCGACCCUGACCCCUGCUGGCCUGUGGCCAUCGUCCUGGUCAUCUCUGCAGUGCUGCUUAUGAGCUCCAGCACAGCUUCAAUACGAACCAGUAAACUGUUGAAGACCAGUGCCAGGCUGCAGUUUCCUGUGUCUAUCGCCAUGGUGGCGUUCGCUCUGCUGCACCUCUACAGAGUGGCUCACUUCAUUGCCCUCACCCUGAGUCUGCACGCACUCAGCUGCUUGAUAUAGCUCCUUAAAAAAAAAAAACAGGCCAUUGUUGCGUGUGCAGCCUGUCUCCGAGGAGCCCGUCCAGGUCCACAGGGCAAAUGCUCCAGCACUACCCAUUUCACAUUUACAAUGAUGUGCAGAGAAACGUAUCUGCUCAUGCCUUUAUCAGUGGAAUAUUUUGGUGAGUUUUAGAAGUUAGGCAUGAAAUAACUACAAGAACGAGAAGAAACAGAAUAUCUCUGACUCAUGGCUGGCUUAACCGUCUACAAGGAACUACACAACAGUGAUGAAGGCAUUAGCCAAAACGUUUGUCUGAUUGAGUUUCUUAUUGCUUUGCUUACGUUUCCAUCUACUCCACAUGCACAUGCUCAAAUCUGCUCAUGGUUGGGUUCACUUGGGGGAAGAUGGGGUUCAGUGUCUCAGAAGGUGUUUGAACACUGCAGCCCAUUGCUCUAUCCACUGAGCUGCCUUCCACACAGCAGCCCAGUGCUGUAACUAUCCAGUCCAACUGCAGUACCUUCCACGCUCCGGUUCAGCACUCUAACCACUGAUGAAGCUGCCUACAAAAUCCCCUCCCCACCCCCGCCAAAAAAAACUAUAAAAUGAAGCGUACUUUGUUUGAAUGUGUGGUGCUUCACUCGGUCCACUUGCAGCCUUGUGUUAGAUUUGUUGAGUGAGACUGAACUCCAUCGAGAGCACUUAGUGGGAUCAUUUGUAUUCCAUUAUUUUUGCAAGCCAUAAGUAGAAUAAAAAACUGUGAUUCUCUGGAUGUAAAAAUAAAACAAAACCUCUUGAAUAGAUACAGUUCAUACGCCGCUCUCAAAGAAACAAGAGUGUUGCACAGACUUUUACAUUUCCUAAUGUUACAGCUCAGCUCUUUGGACACAAUACGGUUGUGAGAGGAUUGUUUUGUAUGUUGUACCUCCUCAAAUGUAUGAAGAGUCGUUGAAUGUCUUUGUGAACAGACGGAUCAUGUACAGUGCAUUGUGAUCCUCAUUUUGCCUUACACUGUGUGUCAAACGCAACAAAAAUUAGAAAAAGGUCUUAACCCUUUAGGGUACAAGGGACAUACGUGUCCCACAAAUAAAACCAUGCAAACAUUCUUAUGUUUGCAAUGAGGUGCACAAAAUGGUUUAAAAUGUACUGACAGGUUGUUGGAUCAGUCAGUUUCCUCGUGAUAGCUGAGUCACUCUCAAAUGCAUUUUAAGAAGAAAACCGUUUUAAUAACCACUCAAUUCUUUGUGUAUCUUAAUGGUUCAUAAAUUAGAUUCUUCUAUUGAGCCUAGUAACAAAUAUGCCAAAUUAAAAAAGGGGAUUGUCUUGGGAAUUACCUCCUUACUAAUGUUUUGUGAUAUUCCAUCAUUACAUUAUAAGUACGUUUUCAGAUCACUAGAUCUAGGAUUAGAAUUAUUUUUGUAGUUGUUUUGUAUUUUUACUAUAUAUAAAAAAAAAAAAAACUUGUACAGGGAAACUUUGCAGAGUGAUGCUGUUCCUUUUCAAUGUGCUGUUUGCUCUGGUAGUCACUGAGUUUAAGACUGUAUUGGGGGUUGCAGAUUGUGAUCAGAGUCAUGCGAACACUGGAACAUGUUAGAAAAGUGAGCAAUUCACUAGAAUGUAUCUGAAACACUCAACCAAUACAGGUGGAAUUUUAUUCUGCCGUUUUUUUUAAAAUAAACUUUUUCAUUUCUUGCUACUAAAAGACAAUUUUGCAAAUACCCAGGACUGCAAAAUCCUCCAGGUAAUAUGGCUUUUAUUUUGUUCUUGGUGUCUAGUUGUUCAUACCGAUACUGUAGAUCGCUAGUGUAAAUGUGACGUGUUUACUGCACAAUCUAGUAAUAGGGCACUCUGAUUGAAUGUGACGUGUGUGUAACCUUUAAGGGCUGAGAGUUCACGGCCGUACAGUAUAUGCAAGAACACCACCUUCUGAGGAGAGAGGCUGGUAACGCUCAAUCACAGAUUAUACACAGUGCUCCAUUGCUGUAAUGCAACUUGCAGUAGUGCAGGCACUUGCACAUGCAGCGAAGUGUAACAGCCGUGGCUCCCAACGACUGCAUUGCAAUAAGGAAGCACUGUAAAAUGUUUUGAACGAACCCUGAGACGGCUGACAAUCGUGUUGGAUUAUCCACUAUUGAGUGUAAUCCAAUUCAGCCCCCCCCCCCCCCCCCCCCCAUAUGGUCUGCUGUUUAAAGGGUGGGGUAUAGGACCUAGAGAUUGUCUUACUCAGCAGCUCGGCCCCGAUUUUACACGUCAUCUACUUACUGCCUCUGUAGAAGCCUAGUGGGUCUUCACUGUGAUUCAGACUAACAUCAACAAUGUUUUAUAAAAAAACAAGAAGUCAGUGCCUUUUGCAGAAAUGCCACGUAUUCCUUUCCUAAAGAAUUCCUCCUCCGGUAGCCAUGUGUGCAUUGUAACACAGAGCUAAUGACAGCGCUGGAGAGCUGAGAGUGGAGUGUUUAGACUAGUGCUCAUUAUUAUUAAAGUGCAGGGUAUUAUCCUUUAAUGUUAUCAGAACUGGAGGUGGGUUUUCUUUUUUCUCAAUCAAAAGACUGGCAUUUCUGCUUUCUACUCUGCCGCUAGGCUCCUACUAACGCCCUGCUGUAACUGACAUGUACUCUGUAUCUCUGUAAACUGUGAGCUGGUGUUGGAAUGCAAUUAUAUGUACUUAACUGAAAAUUGGUUAUUUCAUUGUUUUUUACAAUGGAUCAUGUCAUGUAAUAGUGUGUAGUACAGUGUAUAUGCUUUAAAUCAUCCAUCCAGUACUAACAAGAAAAACAGUGACAUGUGUAUAAUGUAGAUCUGUAUUAUUUGACUUGGUGGUGCACUAUGUAACGUAUCGAGUAUAAAGUGAACAGUUUCUUUUUAUCUGAUGUACUUCAGUGGUUUUUGGGGGGUUUAAGUGUGUGUAAUACUCAGGUGCAGCACUCGGAGGAUGCUGCAGAUGAGAUUUGUGUUUUUUCUUGUUUUCUUUUUCAUUCCCGCUGUGCAGUUUCUGUGCAGUUACGUGUUGAUCAUUUGAAUAAUUAAAACAAUUUACCUGGA